UUGUCCUUUCAAGGCAGAGCCCUGUGAUCGGCGUUCAUUAGUUAAUAGUGAAAGUCAAAGCGAGCACAAGGAGGGUUUGUCCUGGCAGACUGCAGGAGCAAGUGCGUGUGAAACAAUGGCACAGCCCAAACCUCCGGUCCCGGCACCAAGGAGAGGCCGUCCAGACAGAACCUCCUCUGAGGACAGCGAGCCCCGGUCGCCAACACUGUCACCACAGCCGGCUGCGCUCCGUUCAAAACCACUUGUGGCUCCAAAGAAGUUCAGUGUUGAGAGGAGUGAGGAAGACGGUGCCAGGAGCCUGAAAAUCUCAAAGAUCCAUGACUCAGAGAAGAGCAAGCAACCGGCUCCGUCUCUUCCUCAGUGGCCCCCUGCUGUUCAUAAACCAGAAUGCACCAGUCCUGCAUCUGCAAAUCAAGGAGUCCUGAUCGCAGAGAUAGUGAAGAAGAUCCGUGACACAGAGAAGAGCAAGCAACUGGCUUUGUCUCCUCCUCAGGCGCCCCCUGCUGUUCAUAAGCCAGAAUGCACCAGUCCUGCAUCUGCAAAUGAAGAAGUCCUGAUCACAGAGAUGAUGAAGAAGAUCCGUGACACAGAGAAGAGCAAGCAGCUGGCUCUGUCUCCUCCUCAGGCGCCCCCUGCUGUUCAUAAGCCAAAAUGCACCAGUCCUGCAUCUGCAAAUGAAGAAGUCCUGAUCACAGAGAUGAUGAAGAAGGUGACAGUCAUUCAAAGGGCAAAUGAUAAUUCAAUCUAUGAGGAUAUGGAUACUUACAAGACGGCGCUUCAACAAUCAACUUAUAGCUGUGGAACGACACCGAUGCCUCCGUGUCCCAGCUCUCCUGUCAAAGACAAGCCAGUCAACAAAUAUCAAGACGAAAUUCUGGAUGCCAACUAUCUGAAGGACUGGUGGAAGAAAGUCAAAUCCUGGAAUACUUUCUCACAAAACCUCAAACACAAAGAGAUGGAAGAAACAAAAAUCAUCCAAGCUAAAGCUCGACGGAUCUACAAUGCCAUCCAGCUGUACAACAUCCUGAUGACUGAGCACGGCGGCACCCUGAAGGACUAUAUCACGCAGCUGUCCUGCAUCGCUGACAACCUGGACAAGGUCUCAAAGGGGACAAAGAUCGCCGGCAUCACUGGAGGGGCAGCAGGUGUGGCAGGAGGUGUGGCAGCGGCGGGGCUGGUGCUGGCCCCGUUCACCCUGGGUGCCUCGCUCGCCCUCACUGUGGUCGGGGUGGGAGUGGCGGCAGCCGGCGGGGCCACCGCUGCAUCAGCAGCCAUCGCCAACCAGGUGACUGUCACACAGGACAAGAAGAAAAUCGAGAGUAUCUUCCAGGAGUACGAGGCUCUCAUGGAGGAGAUUCAGGACUGCCUGAAGUUCAUCAGCGAGGGCCUGGAGCACCUGAGGGAACAUGACACGUCCACCCUUAGAGCAACCAGGGCCAAGUCACCGAGGGUCACCGCGGUGGCUCAGCUGGCCACUUCAGACAGGGCUAGUGCCCGGGCCAUGGAGGCCAACAGCAAGGCGUCAGGGGUGAUGCACGGCUUCGCCCUCGGGAUGUUCUUCACCCAGAAAAAGGGUGGCGCCAAGGUGAAGAAGGGCCUCGAGUCCAAGUUAGCUGAGAAAAUCCGCACGGUAGUAGAGGAGAUGAAGAAGGGACUGGACGAGCUCAUGCAUCUUAAAGAGCUGUUCAGCGAGUUCAAUUGACAUGACAAGUGAUAUUUAUAUUUUAAAAAGAUUGUUAAACUUCUUUGACAACUUUCUUCACCAAUCUGAUUUCCUCUUCAUUUUGUAGAGAUGCACACACAUUGCAGCCUGUAGUACACCUACUCUUAUAAUAUUUCUACAAUAAUUCCGUGCAACUCUGAUGUUGAAAAUACACAUGCUGUAUGUCUUUGUAAGAAAAAAUUAUUGGGAAAACACUGAAAGGGCCUUGACCUUAGGCCUAUUUAGCCCUGCACUGUGUAAUACUGUGUUAACAUAUCCUAAACAUAAACAACUAAGUUACAAGGCAGUUAAAAAAGAAAUGCUCAAAAAUGGUAAUAAAGCACUGUAAACAGACACAAAUGUAAGGGAAAAGAAUAAAG